AUAGAAUCUUUAAGCUUAGAUUUAUACGAUGAAUCAUUUUUAUCGAGUUUAUUAGAGUUUGUGAAAAGUCAUAAAGAAAAUCUCAAGAAAUUAGAAAUUAUGGUUCAAGAAACGAACAGAAAACUAUCAAAAACUAUAAAUUCUGAAGAAAAUGACUUUACGCUUGAAAUUAUUGAAAAUAAUACAAAU